GCCUCAAUCCAAAAAAAGGAAGAUAUCAAUAUAUUUGAUUCAUUUAGAUUCCAUUUACAUCUUCACUUGAUUCUAUGAACAAUCAAACGCCAAUUUCUUAAAUCAAGAUUCAAGACCAUGGUGAUGGCAUAGCAUCCAAAAGAUCAAGCUUUCGAUCGUCAAGAUUCAUCCUCUUUUCAUGGGUCAGGAGGGAAAUCAAGAUACGAUCAUGAGCGAUGAUCACAACAAUGGAGUCGAUAAGAAAUCAAACCCUACACUAACCUUAUUACCUCUAAUUGCCCUGAUCUUUUACGAAGUUUCUGGUGGUCCAUUUGGUGUAGAAGAUUCAGUUAAAGCAGGAGGAGGUGCUCUACUUUCCUUAUUAGGGUUCACCAUUUUCCCAAUUUUCUGGAGCAUCCCAGAAGCCCUAGUCACAGCUGAACUUGCCACAAGUUUCCCUAAAAAUGGCGGUUAUGUCAUCUGGAUAUCAUCAGCUUUCGGCCCUUUUUGGGGUUUCCAAGAAGGGUUUUGGAAAUGGUUUAGUGGGGUUAUGGAUAAUGCACUUUACCCAGUUCUAUUUCUUGAUUACUUGAAACAUUCACUUCCAAUCUUUGAUGAAUUGUAUGCUAGAAUUCCAGCCCUCUUAGCAAUCACUAUUUUGUUAACUUAUUUGAACUACAGAGGCCUUCAUAUUGUAGGAACUGCUGCCAUUCUUCUUGCUGGUUUCUCUUUACUUCCAUUUGUGGUAAUGGGUAUGCUUUCAAUCCCCAAAAUCAGGGCUAAAAGAUGGGUAUCUGUUGAUUUCAAGAAAGUGGAAUGGAGGGGUUAUUUCAAUAGCAUGUUUUGGAACUUGAAUUAUUGGGAUAAAGCCAGUACACUUGCUGGGGAGGUUCAAGAUCCCAGUAGGACUUUUCCGAAAGCUCUUUAUGGUGCGGUUAUUUUGGUCGUUUGUUCGUAUUUGAUUCCCCUUUUGGCGGGCACAGGGUCGUUAGACUCGGAUUCUAGUAAGUGGAGUGAUGGGUACUUUGCUGAAGUUGGGAUGUUGAUAGGAGGAUCUUGGCUGAAAUGGUGGAUUCAGGCUGCUGCUGCUUUGUCGAAUUUGGGGUUGUUCGAAGCAGAAAUGAGUAGUGAUGCUUUCCAACUUCUUGGCAUGAGUGAAAUCGGGAUGCUCCCUUCGGUAUUUGCUUCCAGGUCGAAGUUCGGGACACCCACAAUCAGCAUAUUGUGCUCCGCAACCGGUGUGAUCUUCCUUUCAUGGAUGAGUUUUCAAGAAAUCUUGGAAUUUCUUAACUUUCUUUACGCCAUUGGAAUGCUUCUCGAAUUCGCAGCUUUUAUAAAGCUCAGAUUAAAGAAGCCUGAUCUUCAUAGACCUUAUAAAGUUCCUCUGAAAACGUUUGGUGCAAUGAUGCUGUGUGUACCGCCGUCCGUUUUACUCGUACUCGUUAUGUGUUUAGCAUCCGCAAGAACCUUCCUAGUGACCGGUGCAGUUGUUGUUCUCGGGUUCAUUUUGUACCCGGUCAUCAUUCACGCGAAGAAUAAGAAGUGGGCCCACUUUCUUUCCUCCGAUGACGUAAAUUCUUGUGAUCGUGAUGUCGAAGACGAAGACCAAGAUAACGGGAUGGUGCAUAUUGCCGAUGAGGCCGAGGUCAGCCUGCUAUCGGACACGUCCUCUUCUAAAACGGAAAAAAUAUACGAAAUAUUACCCGAAGGAGUAUCGAAGUCGGAGUGAGACCGGUGUACAUACCGUAUUCUACAUUCUUGUUGUAUUUAUAGAAAAUUACGAUAUUUUGUCUUACAAGUUGUUGAAGGACCGGUGAAUGGUGAUAUGCAUAUUGUACUUGUACUAUGAAACACACUUUUUGCAAAUUGCAAUUUAAACCCCUUAAAG